AUGAGCAGCAGUGGAGGCUAUGGACUCCCUGUGGGAGGACCACCUAAUUACCCGCCUCAGAUGAUGCGUGGACCGCCGCUUGCAGGUGUCGUGCCCCCCAUGGGACAAGGAGUGUCUGUUCCUGGUCCCCCGCCACCCGCUGGAUCUGUAAGUCUGGGACCGCCUAGUGCACAGAACGGACUCACACAUCAAUUUGCCAAGAUGGGAAUUAAUGGACAUCCGAGUCCAGGCUCUGCAGAAUUGCAAAGAGGUUCCGUGCCGAUGGGAGGAGCGAUGGCACCUCCACCUGUCAUUCAACACCACCAGCAUUCGAUGAUGCCCCCAUCAGCUAUGAACCAACAACAGCAGCAGUCUGUGAUAAAACAGCAACAUACAUCUGAUGCGAACAAGAACAACCUUCCAAGUGGAAAUUUUCAACAGCCUAAUAACAUGAUGAACGAUGGCUAUAGAGGAGAGUCGGGUUUCCAGGGACAACAGUUGCGGCAGGAGACACCAUUGAGCAACGAGAUGAUGGCGUCGCAAUGCAACCCUCGAUACAUGCGAUUAACAGUGAACGCGCUGCCACACUCGCUGGACCAUGCAAACAAGUCGAAACUGACAUAUGGACUUAUUAUCCGACCGUUUGCACCGACUGAUGAGGGUAAAGACUUGGAUGUGGUAAAUUUUGGCACUACCGGUGUUGUCCGUUGCCGUCACUGCCGCACUUACGUAAAUCCGUUCGUACAGUGGGUAGACAACGGCCGUCGCUGGCGGUGCAACCUCUGUGGAGUAUCAAACGAGGUCGCCAGUUCAUACUUCUGCCACUUGGGUGCCAAUCAACUGCGUCAAGAUCGCGACGAGCGACCGGAGCUAAAUUCAGGCAGUGUGGAGAUUGUUGCUCCUUCAGAAUACAUGAUGCGUCCUCCGCAGCCACCCUGCUUCAUGUUUGUUAUUGAUGUUUCAGCUACCGCUGUGACAUCAGGAUCAGUCAAGGUCGCAGUUGAUACGAUCAGGGAGCAGCUUGACAACCUUCCUGGUGCACCAAGGACGCGUAUAGGCUUUCUCACGUAUGACAACACAAUUCAUUUCUACAACUUAAAGUCGACACUAAAGGCCCCACAAAUGAUGGUGGUGGCUGAUCUAGACGAACUCUUUAUUCCUAUUCCGGAUGAGCUGCUUGUAAAUUUGAGCGACUCUCGUGAGAUUGUUGAGAUGUUGCUUGAAACGUUGCCGAUCAUUCAUCAGAACGCACGCUCUGCCGAAACUGCAUUGGGACCCGCUAUCCGUGUCGCUUUUAAGCUCAUGUCGUCAAUUGGUGGCAAAAUGGUCGUCUUUCAGAACUCGCUGCCAUCAACUGGAAAUGGAGCACUCCGAAACCGUGACAAUCCUCGUUUGUACGGAACAGACAAGGAACAUACUUUGCUUCAGGCCGCGGAUACGUUUUACCGAACAAACGCCAUUGACUUUUGCCGCCAGCAAGUCAGCGUUGACAUGUUUCUAUUUUCAUCCAUGUAUACUGACAUCGCCUCGUUGGGCUCACUGUCAAAAUACUCAGCAGGUCAAGUGUACUAUUACCCGGCUUUUAACGCUGAGCGAGAUGGGAAGAAGUUUAGCAAGGAGCUGGCACACUGUCUUGUUCGCGAAACUGCAUGGGAGGCCGUGAUGCGCGUUCGCUGUACAAAGGGAAUGCGUCUCGCAAACUUUUACGGCAACUUUUUCUUGCGAGGACCGGACUUACUGGCGCUUCCGACGUGCAAUGCGGAUUCGACGUUUGCGGUAGAGAUUACGCAUAGUGACGCACUUUUGACGUCCUCGACGAUUUCCGUGCAAGCUGGCGUGCUGUAUACGAAUUCGGGUGGUGAGCGACGGAUUCGUGUGCACACCGUUUGCAUUCCGGUCACCAAACUGUUUGCGGAGCUCUUCCGCCAGGUUGAUCAAGACGCACUGUGCAAUAUCAUGGCCAAAAACGCGCUGGAAAUUGCGCUCAAGACUGGACUGGACAAUGGUCGAUCACGAUUGCAGACACAGUGCGCGGACAUUGUACGUGCCUACCGGAACUCAGGUGCUUAUGGUGCCAAGCAACCCUCUGGUUACCAGUUGCACCUCCCUGAAACAAUGCAGCUUCUACCUCUGUACAUCAUGUCUCUUCUGAAAAACCCAACCUUGCGUGGUGGCACCGACCUGGCGGUAGACGAGCGCACAUUUUUGCAAUAUGAGUUGAACAAUAUGCCUGUCGAGCUGUCACGGGUGUUUAUUUACCCGCAAAUGUUUGCUCUGCACAACAUGCCGCCUGAGGUGGGCCUGCCUACUAGAGAAGUCCAAACUGUUGAGGGUAUUGACGGAGUCGACGCUACAUCCGUUGUUCUUCCAUCGAUACUUAAUCUUUCUAUCGAAAGACUACAGUGCGACGGAUUGUUUUUGCUAGACGACACAUUAAGCCUCUACUUGUGGGUUGGUCGUUCGGCUUCACCUGAACUUUUGGAGAGCCUUUUUGGCGUUUCUUCUAUGGAGGGCGUGGAUUGCAGCCAGUUGAAACUUCUGGCUCCACAUGACGACAUAAGCCACCGUGUGAACUCCAUAUUAUCAGCAAUUCGCUCUGAGCGAUUGCCCUACCAGAACGUGGUGAUUAUGCGAGAGGGUGAUCCGGCUGAGGGCCGUUAUUUUUGGAAGCUAGUAGAAGACCGGGCGAGCUUCCCCGGUGGCUCAUAUUCGUACUCGGAGUACUUGGGUCAAAUUAGCCGUAUGAGUCUUACUAGCGGAACUGGCGGAAGAUAG